GGUGUCAACGUUAGGCCCUGCAUUUCAGACGACCCAACGCGGCGGACGGCUGGAGCGCGGCGCGGGCGUCCCUUUCUUCGCUCCCCAGGCAGAAGCUUUUUGGUGAAUGUGCGGAGAGAAACAGCGGCGGAAGGAAGCGGCGACGGAGCUGGGCAGGAGGAUGCUGGUUUAUUUGCUCCUGUCUGCAGUCCUGCUGAUAGGAAGGAUUGAAGCUCAGAACGAUGAUUGGAUUGAUCCAACAGACAUGCUGAAUUAUGAUGCAGCAUCAGGAACAAUGAGAAAGCCUGAUAAGCAAGUGAAUCAAGAUGAUUUGGAAAAAAGGAGAGUGCCAAAAACAGAAGUGGCAGAAGAAAAUAUUGUGGAGGUUUCCAGAUGCCAAACAAAACUAGAUUCUCUAAUUUAUCAGCUUGAAGAAUAUGAAAAAAAAUAUAAAACAAAGUUAUAUGAAAGCAUCAGCAUUCAUGUUUUUAGAAGAUUCUUGAAUAAGAUUUUAAACGAAGUUGGAAGACUUGGCCUACCCAGUGAUAAUACCAGAGAAGUGAAUUAUGAUGCUGAGAUCAUCCUCACCAGACAAUCAGUUGGUGAAAUAAACAAGUUCCUUAAGGGAGAAGGCUGGAAAUCUGCUUCUCUAGAUGAAGCUGUUAACACUAUUUUGAUUAAUUUUAAACCUCAUGAUUAUGAAGCAUGGAAAUGGAAGUUUGAGGACACAUUUGGGAUUGAUCCAUAUAAUGUGUUCAUGAUACUUUUGUGUUUAGCAUGCAUCUCAGUCAUUAUUGCAACAGAAUUAUGGACGCGUAUUGGUUGGUUUACUCAGCUGAAGCGUCUUAUAUUCAUCAGUUUUCUCAUCAGUUUUGGAUGGAACUGGGUGUUCUUAUACAAGUUUUUGUUGCAGAAGGCCUUUGCUCAGCAUCAGUCUGAAGUGGCAAAGAUGGGAAAUUUUGAUAAAGUCUGUGCGGAGAAGAUUCAAUGGACAGACGGUCUUUGGGAGUGGUUUAGAACCUCAUGGACAUUCCAGGACGAUCCUUGCCAAAAGCACUAUGAAACCCUCCUGGUAAAUCCGAUUUGGGUCGUUCCUCCAACAAAGACAUUGGCUGUUACAUUUACCAAUUUUGUAACAGAGCCACUGAAGCAUGUAGGAAAAGGAAUUGGUGAAUUUAUUAGAGCACUCAUGAAAGAAAUUCCAGUACUUCUACAUAUGCCAGUGCUAAUCAUCAUAGCGGGGGCAGUUUUGAUGUUCUGCUAUGGGGCAGGAAGAUCCAUCAUGGCACUAGGUUUAUCAUACCAGGAGAGGCCGCAGCCUCCUGCUCUUCCCCCAGCGGGUGGAAAUCAGCCAUUGCAGACUCGGGCAGAUGGCAAGGGAGCCUCAGCUAAAACCCAAAAUCACAGACGCCCUUCUGAUAGUGAAGAUGAAUCAAGAAGUAACAGGCAAACCAGAUCUGAAGGCGACCCUAACAAUGCCAUAGAGGUUGUCCAACUCAGCAAUACAUUGGAGGUACCAGCAGAAGAGCAAUCCAAGUUGGCAGCCAAGCAUGUUCCAGAAGUCUCAGCUGUUCUCCAGAGGUCUUUAGUGGUUCACCAGGAGAAGAGAGAAGAGUGAUUUUGGACCUGUUGGUAAAUGCCAUUUUUAAAAAACUUGAGUCAACUUUUUUGUGUUGUUAUUUAUUUUACCCAUAAAGAAAAAAUAAAUUCUAUUUAUUAAUCUUGGUGGAAAUGCCAUAGCAGCAUUUUAACAAUACCAUGGACUGAUUUCAGGCUUCAGUUAUGGAAUUGGGAACCAUAAUUCAUUUAAUAAUAAAUAAAUAACCAUUCGGAGCUCAUGGUGUGCUCGACAGUGAAAGAGUGGGUAGGCUACCUUUUUUCCUGCUUGUACUCUUUGAACUUCUACUCCAGAUGGUUGGGAAAUGUUUUAAACAGUAUGGAAAGGGGAUUUUAGGGGGAGAAGACAGAGUGGUGGGAGUUAGUUUUCUCCCCCUCUUUCAGCCACUGUGAUCUCCCCACUGCAUUGGAGCCUUUCAGAUGAGAGUGUUUGCUUUGAAAUACAGCAAAAUCUAGGACCAACUCACUUUUCUCUGUUGUGAAAUUAAUGAUCUGACAAUAGCAAUUCUUAUGAAGUUUAUGGAAAAUAAGUAUACACAAUGUUCAGUUUUCAUACUGUAUUAUGAAGCAUGUGCGGAAGAAAGGAUUUCCAAGACUUCAGUGUUGUUUGCUGAUAUACAGUGACUUCCUGUACAUCUAGAAGAGUAGUUGGUAACCUUUAAAAGACUGGGCAGCUAUUUGAUUCUUCAGUUGGAUUCGCUUCUAAAUAACUCUGCAUAAAGAUUAGAGACUGGCAUUUUUUAAAUGGACAUUUUUAAUGGGAAAAAAAAAACUGUAUCUAACAAGGCCUUGACACAUAUAUGCAAUAUUUAGCUUCCUGUGUCAUAUUUUCUGGUUCAAUUUUCACUCCAUUUGUCUCCCUCUGGGGGGAAAAAGUAUUUUCACUAAACAGGGCUUGAGAUGCACAUUUAGCACAUCUUAAGCAGGGAAAUAGAGGUAGUUGAAGGAGAAAGAUCAAAUUGGUAACUGUACUAGCCCUAUUUUCUUAUACAGAUUUAAAAAUAGAGGGCUGAAGAAUCUAUUCAUAUAUUUUGUAUAGCUUUUUUCCACCCUUUGGAUUGUUCCAAAAAUAGGAGGGCACCAGAAUUCAUACUGUGGAUUAUUAAUGAAUGUUUUGACUCCCCAGUGUAACAGAGGAUGUGGCUUGUGAAGACAUUUGGCAGAAGGCUUUUAAAUAAUUGACAUCUUCUCCUUACAAGAAAAGUAUCAGAGGAACACUGCUUCCUGACAGACCUCUAUUUUACCAGAUAGAAACUUCUUUAAAAAUUACUUUUAAUAAAAAGAAUUCAUCAUUCUGAAAUGAGAAAACGAUUCACUUUGUAACUCUCUAUACCCCAGUAUUUUGCUGCAUCUUGAGUAAUACAGGCAUAUUUCUAAAUUAUGUUUAUCAGGAUGUUUUCUCCUGAGCUUCAAGGCAUUUUGAAAGCAUCUGAUAAGAGAAUUACAUUUUAAACAUAUAAAACAUAUGCAAGAGUUUUGUACAUAUUGCUUGACAGAGAAAUAAAAGUUUCAACAAACAUGGGA